CAAGUAUCCAAGACGCAAGACUUUAAAAAAUAAAGAAAAUAAUAAAAAGGCUAAUUAUAAGUUGUUAUUUAAGAAGUAAAAAUGGAACAUUAUUGUCAAGACAAGAAAGUGCCAUGUAAUCCAUUUGACCCAACUAGAGUAGCUCCAUUCAAAGAACUUGCAAGAAAGUCUAACGCAUUAGGAGUACCACCUGAACAACUAAAAACAAAAUUUUCACUUCCAAAAAAACAAAGUACACUGGAACGUAAACCGUCAGAACAAAUUGAAGCCAAAUAUUCUCAAGGGUGUCAAACGAUUGAACAACAAAAUGCUUUCUACUUUACACAAUAUGUUGCAAAUGAUAUUUGUAGAAAAGAUAAAGAAUGUGCAAUUUAUUCCUUUAUGGAAUAUGUAUUAAAUGCUACCUUCCAUCCAAAGACUCCAGUUGUGCCAAAAGGUAAACCCAAGAGAAAAAAAUGUGACCAUAUAAAUGAAAGCGAAACUUGCAAGACAUGUGAAAAAGUUGUAGAUUCAAUUGUUCAAACCAUAUUCAAAGAUCAAUUCGGUGUUCCAAAAAUCUACCCUUUGGCUGAAAUGGAACAAUCUAAACAUGUAAUCCACCAACCUGUAAGCAAUAAAUGUGUACAAAUAGGUGAUAGAAGGCCUUUAAAAUCAGCCAUGAAUAGGAAACUUCAUUCUUAUGCCAAUAAUUUUCCACCAGCACACUCAGAACAGCGGACUAAUUUGUACAAUGUGCCAAAGACAGAAUUAGAACAUCAAGAAAACCUUCUAGAUUAUAUAUCUAAAACAAUAAAUGGGCUUACAACUGAUCAUGAUAAAGAAAAGAAAACACUUGAUGAACUAAAAGAAGAAAAUUUGAAAUUUAUGUACAAUAUGAAAGUUAAUGAUGAAUUGGAGCAAAAGAUGAAAUGUAGAUCUGAACAAAGCCGAAGUUAUAUUUCUCAAGCUGGUUCAAAAGAGACAUUUUUGACCUGUUAUUCUUGCAUUCCUGAUUCCCCUUUUACUAAUCAAGAAUUUAAUCCACCUUCUACAUUUUCAAAUUAUCAAAACAAAAUACAAAAUACCAUGUAUCAAUCAACAUUGUGUAACGAAUGUAAUUGGAAACUUCAUAAUUACAUUGGAAAUCAAUCAAAAAAACAUUACAACAGAGGUUCUGAGUAUUAUGAUGAACACAAUGGCUUACGGUCAGCAUAUAACACCAAUGAAGAACCAAAAACCAGAAGGAUUUGUAGUCAUAAAUCCUUUGGCCAACAUUGUAGUAAACACAGCAAUUGUACAAACUAUGAACUAAACACUAACAGAAUGUCAGGAAAAAAAACUGGUGAACAACCUAUGAAUUCUCAUGACUUUACUGUACUAUUUAGAAACCAUAUUGAUUAUUUUCCACAGGCUAAAAAGCAGGUUGACUACAGCAAAGAAGGUAUGAAAUAUUCAGAAUCAGAGUCAAAUUUUAGUCCUAAUCGUUAUUCUUCGCAGGAUCAUCCUUUGAUUCAUCAUGACGUAAGGUCAAAUACUGGAUUGCCAAAUGAUUUUACUUUCAAGAACCGUGUUAAUAACAUUCCAUUGCUCUUGAAAAAUAUUAUUGGUGCCCCAAGGAAACUUGGAGAACUUAAAAGCACUUGCACACAAACAAACGAGCAGAAAAAAUAUGAUAAUAAUGAACAAGUGAAUAUUCCUGUGAAUAACGAAAAUAACUUGCGAGCAUCACUUGAAAACAUUGUUAACCAUUUGGAUUUAAUAAAAAUUCGUUUGAAUGAGAAUGAGCCAUCUUUAACAAGUCAACGUAUUGAUGAAACACCUGUUUUGACAGUAAAUCCAUUGCAAGAAAAUAUUCAUGUUAAUUCUGAACCCAGGAGGUAUUCUAAUGAUUCUAAUUUCGAACAUAAAUCUAUAAAAGCAGAUCAAUGUACCCAAAGUGAAAAACGUGAUUCCAUAAUUGUUUUAGAUUUCAACGAUGAUUUUCGAAUCAAAUCCCCAAUCAUGGGAUGUUGUAAUGUUUCGGCACAAAAUGAAUACUUAGAAAGUAGUGCUGGCUUACAGAAGAAUUUUCACUUUUCUACUGGCAAAACAAAGGGUACUUCUAAAAGUAAAGGUUUCAGCAAACAUAACAUUAUAAAAAGCAAGUAUAAUCAUGAGAAAAUGAGGCUUCCAGACGAGGUCCAAAAUAUAAUACGCAAAAAAACAAAAAUCACUCCAAUACGAGAAACAGCAAUUUACACAGAACAAACAGAACUGGACAUAAAUAUAAGAGACCCUAUGAAAUAUUUAAAAUCAUUACAAAAACAAAAUGAAAAUAAAGAUGAAAUUAUUCAACAAAAGCAUAAACCAGUUGAUGCAAUACCUACAGGAAAUACAACAAAUUUACUAACAUUUUAUGAAAAAAAAAUUAACAAACAAAGUAAUGUUGAAAGCCAAGCUGAAAAUCAGUCAAAAGAAGAAAUCCACAAUGAAUUAGAUAAUCAUACAAGUGUACCUAGGGAGGAAUUAUUGACUUUUUUAGACAUAUUCCAAUCAUUUACCAAACUAGUACCAAAUCAUAAUAUCUUAAGUAAUAAUAAAACUCUAUUCCAAAUAAAUAUAAUAGCAGAUAAAGCUGAACAGUUACUUCAACGUAUAUUUGAAGCUUCCAUGAGACUUAAACCUUCCUCAAUUCAUUACAAUAAUGAAUUAAAAGAGAAAGAAGACAGCGAAGAAUCAACAGUUCAAACAGAUUUUAAGAGCAUAACACACAAAAAAAGUAAUAUUCCUUUUGCAGAAAAUCUUCUUCCAGAGCAACCUACUUCACCAUUAUCAACACCAACACCAUUUUCACCACAAACACUUCCCACAAAAUCAAUGCUACCUGCACGAUGUUUUCUUUUUUCGAAAUCAGAGCCAUCUUUAAAGAAAAAAAAUUCAUUAGCUGUUUUGGUAGAUAGUACAGAACACAAACUAAAAUCUACUGAAAUUUCUCCAACUUACACAAAACUUGCUGAACUGAAAAAGGCAGGAAAUGUUUCAAAAUCAAAGAAGAAAUUCAUACCAAUUUCUGUCAGGGAGAAUAAACCUUUGAUGCUAAUCCACAAACUUCAACAGAAAAACAUUAUGGCUAGAACAGAUUUAUUAUCGUUGACGACAUUAAAAAAUAAAAAAUAUAGACACUAUUUGAAAAAAGUGUUAACUGAUAAAGUCAAUAAAGAUUCCCAACGGAAAGGAAAUCAAGCACUUCUUAUUCAAGUAAAGAAGGCACAUAAACAUUUUAAGAAAAUGUUUAAUAAGUAUUUAAACUUAAUAAAUGAGAGUGACAGUAAAAGUACCCAAAUAAACUCUGAUGACUCUCGAAACAAUCUGAGAGCAUUGAAAAGUGGUGACAAUGAGUUUAGAGAUGUUUUUCCAUCAAAAAUGAACGGAGCUUCAUCAAGAAUAAGACUCCCUCCUUUAAUCACUUUACCUUUUUCCUCAUCAAAAUAUCAAAAGUUAGAAUAUUUUACAUGUGAAAAUGAUUGUAAAGCAGCAGAAAUAAUGAACAAGCCUGAAGACUAUUUAGGAGCAAAGGACUUAUCAAACUCUAAUAUCAAUAUUAAAAAUUACAUUCUAUGUGAUAUUCCUGAAGAAAAGAAAUGUUUUGAAAACGAUAUUUUGCCAGAUUUCUCUAUGCUGAAUUGUUUAAAAGGUAAAAUAAUUUUUUCCCAAGAAUCUAAAUCAAAAGGGAAAAUUGAGGAGUGGGUUUCAAAUAAUAUAAAUAUAAAUUCUAACUAUGAAAUUGAAAGUGUAGUGAGUGAUGAUUCAUUGAUAAGCCAAGAAGAACUAAGUGAAAGCAAAUUCUUCUCAAUACCAUCUUUCAGGACUGAUUCUAACAACGCUUAUGUAUUUUAUACAUGUUCUGAAGAUGAAUCAACUAGGAGCCCAUCAGUUAAUUUUUUUGAACAGUUGAAAUCACAAAAAGAACAUGAACUGUUAAAACGAAAAAUAAACUUUACAAUUUUGCCAGAUCAUAAAAAGGAAACAAGUAAUGAAUCAGAUUCCUCAAGGUCUUACAAAUCCCGUGAAUUUUAUUUGCAGAAUACUACUCAAAUAACUCAUAAAUUAUGCGAUUAUCGCCAUGCCGAAGAAAAAAAUAUAAUAAAACAGAAAAAAAAUGAUUUUAACAAAAAAUUCCAGAAUUCUAGUAAAACUCCACCAAGAAACUCUAUAAUAAAAUAUGAAUGGGAGGAAUCAAGUAUGGAAAUGGUUAAAAAAACACCUUCUUAUAAAAGGAAAUGCAAUAUGAACUCAGAUUGUACAACCUUUAUGAACAAGAACUCAAGCAAAUUUAGGUCAUCUAAUAAAUUGAGAGAUGAGUUUUAUUUGAAGGUCUGCUCAAAUCAAGAUAAGUCAACUAUGAUGGAUACAAAAAUUCAUUUUGUUUCAAAAAACUCUAAUAAGCAUCUUAGUAGAAAUGGUAAUUAUUUUGAGCCAACUUUUAAAACUCUUUCAAAGAUUGCAAACACAAAAUCACACAAACUAAGCCCAACACAGAAACUGAGGAAAACGUUUCAUUCAAAAGUUUAUUCUGACAAAAAAAACACUAAAAUAGAUAAAAUGCUUGUUUUCAAAGACCAUCUUGAGCAACGGGGAAAAACUAUAAAUGCUGAGUCAAAGAUAAAAGAUGUGAGUAGUAAAUCUCUUCUUGAUGAUAUAGAUGAGUGCAAUGAACAGCAUUUUUCUCCUAACACUUUCAAAGAUUAUUUCAAAGGCAGGAUAGAAAAUAAUUCAGGUGUAAAUUCACAUUGUGUUCAAAAUAAUAAUAAUUAUACCCAAGAAAACAAACCUGCAGAAUCAACCAUUGAAGAAAAAGUGCAUCGAAACAGAGUUGAACUUUUUAAAAACAGAGUAGUAAUUUUGAAAGAAGUAUUGGACAAAUUGGAUGAUGCGGUGUUUGUAUACAGAAAAAUUGAUACGAUUCUAAAAGAAUUUUCAUGUAAAAUGUCACAACCUUUAGCCAGCAGCCUUGGUAAUUCAGAAAAAAAGCAUAUACAAUGAAACAUGUUUUGAUCUGCUAAACAAUAAAUAUGGGCUUACAAUUUAAGACAUGUAUACAUCUAUACACCUACAAAUAGUAAAUCCUUAAACCUAAUAA